UUCGACGUGCAGUGAACAACCGGAUCCCAGCCAGAGAUCUGCCAACAAGUUUUCCACAUUCACAAUUUUACGUCAAGACAACAAAUCUCAUCUACAAUGGCCACCACCAAAUACGAAGUUUCCAAGACGUACGAGUACCGCAAGGUGAUGAAGCCACUGCUGGAACGCAGGCGUCGGGCCCGCAUCAACAUGUGCCUGGACGAGCUCAAAGAUCUGAUGGCCCAGUGCACCGUCUCGAACGGUGAUGGCAAAUUCGAUAGGGCCGACAUUCUGGAGGUCACCGUCGAUCAUUUGCGCAAACUCAAGCAGGCGAGGAUUGAGGCCACCGCUGCUGCAGCCAAAGUCGCCUCCACCACCAACGCAGAGCAGAGUUUCCGCGACGGUUUCAUCCGCGCUGCCGAUGAGGUCUCCCGCGCAUUGGCUUCCCUGCCCAAUGUGGAUGUCGUCUUUGGCACACAUCUGAUGACACACCUCGGCAUGCGACUCAACCAAUUGGAAAUGCCCAGAGCGGCACCCAGGCCAAUAAAUGCCCCGCUCUCCAUCAUCUGCGGCGGCAACAGCAGCAGCAGCAGCAGCAGCAUCAGCAGCCGCUCCUCCAUGGCGCCCAGCCGGGAUGCCUGCAGUCCCGUGUCCAGCGGCUAUUGCAGCGACAGCGAUUGCAGCGUCAGCUCCCUGCCAGCGCCACAGUCUCUGCUCCAGAUCAGCACCGGUCAGAUUUGGCGCCCCUGGUAAAUCCAUCGAUUGGCUGGCCAUCAUCCCCAUCGGGCAAUCGCGCAAUGGAACUGCAGCUUUAGAAAUGCUUUACAAUGAUCCUCAUUAAUCAUCCUCGAUAAGUGUUAAAAAUUAUGACCACGUUAUAGGGCUUUAAGUUAAGUCUGUGAUAGGACAUGCUUUAUUUACUUUUGUCAAGAUCAUUUGAUCAGAAGUUUGUUUUUGUACCCAUACUCGUACUUACCACAUAAACAUUUAUUUUGUUUACCACAUAAGCGAUCUCAACAAUGCGACAGCAAAAGAAUACAAACACGAAAAGAAAUACAAACACACACAAAAUAUGAAC